AUGUCACGGGCGGCGGCGGAGGAGGAGGAGGAGGAGGAGGAGGAUAAGAAGAAGGAAGAAGAGGGGAAAGAGAGUAGAAAACUAUCUAUAUAUUCGGCCGUCGCUGGCGAAAAAGGAACUGCCGGUCGAUCUACGCCUCGCGGAGGUCGGUGUCGCGUGUUCUCUCCCAGAAGUGUGAUGCACACUGGACGAAAUGAAGGACAAAGGAUGGUGAUGGGACGAAGGAGGAAGGCCGGCGUAGGAGCAAAAGGGAGGAAGAGAAAGAGAGCCGACUCCCGUCGAAAUACCGAUCAGCGCUGCGUUACCAGACGACCAGACAAGGCGACGCGAAGCCUUGGAGACGUGAAAAAGCAACGCAAACGAGUAAGACGAAAGCGCAACAACAACAAGCAAGGCAAAAGGAAGCGUCGAAAGAAGAAAAAAAAAGGCGUAGGAAAGAUCACAGACGUCGGCCGCAGCGAGGAGAGAGGAGGAAGCCAGAGCGACGACGACGACGAGCGAGCAGGCGGCCUGAACCUGGAUGGCCUACUUUUCCUCGCUGGCCGCCAGAACCUGGCAGCAUUGCGGCGCGUUUUUCUGGUUGCGUUGCCAGCUGCUGCUUGCUGCUUGCUGCUGCUGUUGUUGUUUGUUUGGAUGUUUUGGAAGCUGAAGAAGCUGGAAAAAGCAAAGAAAGCGAAAAAAAGAAAAGAGGACGCCUCAGAUGACAUAAGCAAAGCUAAGACGGAAGAGGAGCUUCGUCGACUCAACUGCGAGCCACCGUCAUCGUCACAGCUGCUACUUACUCCACGGCGCAGAGAUAUAAAGCGGUCUCCUUCCCCUCCUUCUCCGGACCCAGUUCGACUCAUCCUCUGCUCUGCUCAAUUGAACGCCCUACGUCUACAUACAUCAACCACCGGCAUUUCCCCUCACCCCACCCGCUCACAAGCUACAGCUGCAAUGGCUCAGAAAGAGAAAGUCCUCCUCGCCUACUCCGGCGGCCUCGACACCAGCUGCAUCCUCGCCUGGCUCCUCGAGCAGGGCCAUGAGGUCGUCUGCUUCCUCGCCGAUGUCGGCCAGGCUGAGGAUUUCAAGGAGGCAGAGCGCAAGGCCCUCGCCGUCGGUGCAAAGAAGCUGGUCGUCGAGGACCUCAAGAAGGAGUUCGUCGAGGAUCUCUGCUUCAAGGCCAUCCAGUGCAACGUUCGUUCUCUGUGUUUCUUGACCCUCGCUCCCUGCAAUUGA